AUGGUCCCUCUGCCCGAAACACGGUUCCGGCCACAACCGGUGUCCCGGCGCGCCCUCCCCGUUCCGUCAGCCGAGCCCUUCCCACUUGAUGCCGAACUGAACUCCCAGGGGCGCCGAUCUCCCCGCCCGGGUUUGCCACCGCCGCCGGGCCUACGUUGGGGCGCAACCCAGGGCGAGCCAAAGGCGCCCAGAAGUUGGGGCUGCCUCACAGGCGGCCGUGCGCGCUCAGGGAAAGUUAAAGCCCACAGAGGCGCCCCGGGCGUCGCGUCCUCGUCCCCUGUCCCCGAGGAUGGUGACGCGCGUGGGGGGCAGCGGCGCUGCUCCAGAGCGCCGCCCCGAGCCACGCGCACGCGAUCUGUCAGCGGGAGCCCGCGGGCAGACACCCCGGCGGGGGAGGAGAGCGAGGGGGCGCGCGGGGCAGCGAACGGAAGGGCCUCCUCGACAGCGGGCGGCAGCCCUCCGCACACGCUCGGCGUCCGGAGCCUCCUGCCCCCGGGGCGCCUGGAGCGCGUCGCAGCCUGCACCUGCACCCCAGGCUCCCCAUCACCCCGACGGCGCCGCCCUCGGGGCCCUGGCAGGGGUGCACCGGGCCAGCCGCCCCCGGCGGCCCCUACUUACCAGCUCCUCGGCGACCUUCGGGGUGCAGAGUCCUCGCGCCGCCGCCCCCCGGCCCCCGCCUCUGCCCGGCGGCCCAGCCCCGCAGCGCCGCACUCCGGCCGCUCCCCCACGUGCUCGCCCAGGCGGCCCCGCCCCUCGCCCUCAUGCCCCCGCGGCCCCGCGCCCUCGCGCCCGCCUCGCUCACCUGCGCGUGCGCGCCGCCCGCCGCUCCCGCCCGUACCUCGGCCGCGCCUCUCUCCCGCUGCGCCGGAGGGGGCGCGGCUGGGGCGCUUCGUCAAGCUCCCUCCGCCGCCCGGAGCCGGGCCCUGCUCGUGCUCUCGCGAGAGGAGCUGUAAUCUCGGCGGGCCCGGGAGAGCGGCCUGGCUGCAGCUCGGCGGGCUGUGGGUGCUCUGUUUCCCGCCGGACUCGGUCGGUCAUUUGGACUACCUCCUGCCUCGGGACGGAGUGGCCACCGGAAAAGGCGGAGGAGCCGAUAACCAGUAUUUGGAAUUCAACCAGCAAUACUCAAGAUGGUGUCUCUUCCAUCAGCCGGGGUCCCAGAGUGAGGAUUAUAUGGAACAGAGCCCCCAGCUGAUCUGCAUGGACAUGUAGCAUAAGCAAGAAGUUGGAUGCUGCCUGGUUCAUGAAUUGCUGAUAAAAACCAAUCAAGACUGUGGUGUUAUAACAGCAAGGUCAAGCCUUCAGAUCAAGUAUGGGCCAGCUGCAAAUAAAUAAAUAAAUAAAUAAAUAAAUAAAUAAAUAAAAUAAAAACGCCAAUCAAA